AUGAGUGCCACCAAUAAAGAAGUAGUCCAAGCAAUCAUCAGCUUUCUGAAAAGCUCCUCCAAAGACGGUUCUGUGUCCGAAGACUAUGUUGAGUCAGUCGAUAUGGCUAUAGAUUGCAUCGCGGAUGCAUUCGAAGUCGAUAAAGACGUUGAGAGUGCUGUUAAAGCCAAGUUCGGUAACAAGACAUUGAAUGAACUUCUUGGGGCAUCCUCGGCAUCAUCACAACAAGUUCCCAUUCAUAUCCCUAAGGAAGAUGAAGAAUUAAAACAAAGGGCUGAAGCUUUCAAGCUGGAGGGAAACAAAGCGAUGAGCGCUAGAGAUUUUGAAACUGCAGUGGCAAAGUACACUUCUGCCAUAGAGUUGAUUCCAACUAAUAGUGUUUACCUUUCAAACAGAGCUGCUGCCUACUCUUCUUUAGGAAAACAUGAAUCUGCUAUUGAAGAUGCUCAAAAAUCUGUUGAUUCGGAUCCCUCGUAUGUUAAGGCCUAUUCCAGAUUGGGACUUGCCAAAUAUGUUACUGGAGACAUCAAAGGAUCUGUGGAAGCGUACAAGAAGGGUUUAGAUCUUGAAGGCGAGAAUGCUAGUGAGACAAUGAAGAAAGGUUACAAUACGGCCAAGCAGAAACUCAGCGAACAGAUCGCCAAUCAACUUCAAUCUACUAAUACUAAAGGUGGAGAUACUGAAGAGUCCACUACUAAGGCCUCCAAUGAAUCUACGGGACCCGGUUCUGGAGGGUUACCUGAUUUGUCCUCUUUGUUAGGGGGAGCUGGGGGAGCCGGAGGUCUAGCUGGUCUGAUGAAUAACCCUCAACUCAUGCAAGCUGCUCAAAGUUUAAUGCAGAACCCUUCUGCUCUGCAAGGACUUAUGAGUGAUCCUUCCAUUAGGCAAAUGGCAGAGAAGUUUGGUUUGGGUGGGGGCUCAGCUCCCAAAGCUGAUGGUGAAGGUAGUGCUGAUGGUGAAGACUCCGGUUCAGGUCCAAAUUUGAACGACUUGAUGAACAAUCCAAUGUUGCAGAAUCUUGCCAGCCAGUUCAUGGGCGGUGAUAAGAAGCCUUAA